AUGAGAAACGCUCUUCUUCCAUCUGUACCCUCCCAUCUUUACAGCUUUGGAAACAAUAUUGAUGUUCAGAUGUCAAAUUGGGAUGCUCAAAUGAACAUGAACAGAAAACUUGGGUUUUGCAUGGGGUCCAAGGCAUUCGAAAGUGACAACCAAAAUAGCAGAGCUGGAGAUGACUUUUCUCUUCCUCUUCCGCUGCAGUCAUCAUCCCUCCUUGCUUAUCAACCAGCUUAUCCAUCUGGUGCAUUCAGAUACCAUGAUGGUGUUUCCCAGCAGCCAGUCUUGCUGGACAAGAAGAUUUCAGCUCCCCAAUUUGAAGCAGAUUUCCAGGCCAUACAAAAUGCAGGGAAACGUCCAAUUGAGGUUGAUGACCUUGGUGGUCUGGUUGGGGACAAGACAGCUCUAAACGAAUGGAACCAAAAUAAGAGAAGCAAGGUGACAAAUUCUCAACAACAAUGGCAUCAACAGUUCCAAGAAACCUCAAUACAACAACAAAACAAUAAGAAGUUGCAUGCGCCUGUGAGAAGAAGCCAAAAGCUCAGUGACAAGAUCACAGCUCUUCAAAAACUGGUUUCCCCCUAUGGCAAGACUGACACUGCCUCAGUUCUUCAUGAGGCUUCCAUUUAUAUCAUGCUACUUCAAGAACAAAUUCAGCAGAAUCUGCUAAGGAUGUUUAGUAGUUCAUACAAGAAUGCUGCAGUUCUUCACACACAGGAAUGUGGGAGCCGGCAGAUGCUCGACCUCAGAAGCAAAGGCCUUUGUUUGGUUCCUGUAUCUGUUACUCAGAAAGUGACCAUGGAAGAGGGUGUUGAUCAUGCUUCUACAUCAAGAAAAAUUGUCAUAGCUAAUAACUUGUACUGA